AUGACCAAGGCUGGCCUCCUUGCCAUCAGUCUCGGUCUUGGUGCCGAGAAGCUGGGACGUACCAUAUCCGAGAAAAGACUCGAGCGUAAGGAGAAGAAGGCUAUUGCUCAGCAUGAAGCAAUUUAUGGCUCUUCAUCAUCGGCGCCACCGCCGCCAAUCACAACUCGAGAGCAGAAUAGCAGGACGGAAAAGAAACGCGAGGAGGCUCAGCGCGCACUGGAUGAAGCUCGUCGAGAGCCACCAAGUGCGCCACAGUACGAAAGGAGACGUCGAAGUAUGGAGACAGAGAGGGUCAGUAGUGAGGAACCGCCGCCGAGUUACGAUGAUGCAGUACGUCACCGUGGAAAGCGCUCUUGA